AUGGCACUUCCAGUCGAUCGCCCUUCAUCUACAGCGGCACUUGUCAUCGCUACCUCGAUCCUCACAGGCGUCAUUGGGUAUUAUAUCGGCCAAGGCGCGUCGAUAGGAAUUUUCUCAUCCACACCUAGCCAUGCACAAAAGAACAAAUCGAUAGAAGACGAAAGUGAUGGAGAGGAAGACGAAGAUGAAGACGAAGCUGAAGGUGAACUGGCUACCUUUGAAGGGAAUACAGACGAAGUAAAGCUUGUCCUAGUCGUGAGGACGGAUUUGGGAAUGGGCAAAGGCAAAAUAGCUGCACAAUGCUCUCAUGCGACCCUCGCAUGCUACAAAUACUACUUUAGCAAAUCACCCAAUGCACCUAUUUUGAAACGGUGGGAACGACAAGGCCAGGCGAAGGUUGCGCUACAGACAAAGAGCGAGGAUGAUUUACUAGUCCUUCAGGCACAGGCGAUCAGUCUGGGACUAUGUACUCGUGUGAUCCAAGAUGCGGGACGUACACAGAUUGCGAGCGGGAGUCGGACAGUGUUGGGCAUCUUAGGUCCAAAAAGUGUAGUAGACUCCGUUACAGGGCAUUUGAAGCUGCUGUGA